AUGUUCUCUGCCUGGAAGAGACCCAUGUUCCUGUUCUUUCAUGAGGACUCGGAGCCCAGCAUGGCCCCCUGCAGCGCCGAGAUGCUCAACAUCACCUCGAAAGUCCUCGAGCCUACUCUUAACAUGACCCUUCCCCAGAACCGAGACUGCCCCUGGGAAGAGUGGCAGGACUGGCUCAACACCAUCCAAGCCCCCUUCCUCUGGGUCAUCUUCAUACUGGCCACACUCGAGAACGUCUUUGUCCUCAGUGUCUUCUGCCUGCACAAGAGCAGCUGCACGGUGGCGGAGGUCUACCUGGGCAACCUGGCGCUGGCAGACCUGGUCCUGGCCUCCGGGCUGCCCUUCUGGGCCGUCACCGUGGCCAACAACUUCGACUGGCUCUUUGGGGAGGUCCUUUGCCGCGUGGUAAACACUGUGACCUACAUGAAUUUGUACAGCAGCAUCUAUUUCCUGAUGCUGGUGAGCAUUGACCGCUACCUGGCCCUGGUAAAAACCAUGUCCAUGGGCCGUAUGCGUGGGGUGCACUGGGCUAAACUCUACAGCCUAGUGAUCUGGGGGUGCGCCCUUCUCCUGAGCUCACCCAUGCUGGCGUUCCGGACCAUGAAGGAGUAUGGAGAGGAGGGACACAACGUCACUGCCUGCUUCAUCAUCUACCCGUCCAUCGCCUGGGAGGUGUUCACCAACGUCCUCCUGAACUUCGCGGGCUUCGUGCUGCCCCUGGUCAUCAUCAGCUUCUGCACGGUGCGGAUCAUGCAGGUGCUACGCAACAACGAGAUGCAGAAGUUCAAGGAGAUCCAGACAGAGAGGAAGGCCACAGUGCUGGUCCUGGCCGUGCUUCUGCUAUUUGUCAUCUGCUGGCUGCCCUUCCAGAUCAGCACCUUCCUGGACACCCUGCUCCGCCUGGGCUUCUUCUCCAGCUGCUGGGAUGAGCACAUCAUUGACGUCUUCACGCAGAUCAGCUCCUACGUGGCCUUCAUCAACAGCUGCCUCAACCCGCUGGUGUACGUGAUCGUGGGCAAGCGCUUCCAGAAGAAGUCACGGGAGGUGUACCAGCGAGUGUGCCAGAAAGUAGGCUGUGGGCCGGAGCCCGUCCAGACAGAGAAUUCGAUGGGCACGCUUCGAACCUCUGUCUCGGUGGAACGCCAGUUACAAUUGCCCGAGUGGGUGGUGAGCAGCCAGUGGGCAAUGCCACCCAGGCUGCUGCUAAUUUCUCUGAGGACUGAUGGACAGUUGCUCCUUAGCAUGGCCCCACAGAAGGUUGGAAGGCAUUUCCAACGUGUGAGCUUGGGCAAGGAGUAGUGUCUCCAUCAAAAGCUAGGAGAGUAAUCCCUGUCAUGUCCAAGCUGCAGUGAGCACGGCUGUGAGGAUGGGGCAACCUAUGCCCAGCCGAGGGCUGCACACACACUACAGUGUUAUUGCUGUUGUCAGCUGCCAGCCGGGAGCUCCUUCCAUGAGUGGAGGGGUGGGGGCGGGGAGAGGAGCCAGUGAGCUUCCCUCCACUGUCCCGCCUGCCCCAGCUCGUCAGCUCACGUCUCCAGGACAAUUGCCCCCACGUCUGGUGCAGUGGCUGAGGGCACACUCCAGG